UACGAACGUAGGAGAGGAGGUUUAGCACGUGCGCUUCCUACUCUAUAUUUCUGACUGGACGCGGACCUUUAAAUGGCUUUGGACAUUCUUGACGGGAACUUGUACGACUUUGGAAUAAAUGACUUGAAGGACAUGUGGAAUUCAGAAGAGUUGGAUACGAAUGUUGCAGACAUGGAUAGGGAAUCAGAGUGGACAAGCCCGUUGGAAAAUAAUUCUAUUAUACUGCACGACCGGAUGAUGACAGAUGCUGUUCAGGCUCCUAAUGCUCAAGUUGAUCACUGUUAUUCCCUUUCUGUCGAUGUCAGUCUUCCGGAGUCCUCUCUAGGUUUCCAAACUGACCAUAAAAUGGAAGAAUUUGGUAAAGAUAUGGUACUGGAGUGUUUCCCAGGGAUACCGAUGACAUCUGCAACGGAAGAAACCGAAUUUUCUGGCAUUACCACUGUGAAGCAAGAACCGUUAUCCUCGCCACCAAGUCCGUCCUCUUAUGUUCCUUGUUACGUAUCUUCUGAUGAAUCAAGCCCAACAUCCAAACCCCAACAGCAAGAUUUGCUCGAAUAUCCACUUACUGUAUUUACUACACGCUUCGAAAAUAGCACCGCAGGUGUUAAAUGUCAACCUGUAGGUAAAACAGACAAGAAUCAGGACUUUAUUGAAAGUUCUCUUCCUCUGACCCCUCUAUCAAAUAACAGCAGCGAUUCUGAUGACAGCUUAUCGCCACUUCACUGUUUGAGUAAUCCAUCUUCACCACCAUCUCUUGUUGUCAUUAAAUCGCAAGGUUUUUCCUCACAAACUAAUAGCUGCCACUCCUCUCCAUUUGUGGUCAUGCAGUCAAGUUUUAAAGGGUCAAUCUCUUCACAAUUAAUAAGCAAACAACCGAAAGGAGGAACAGGAUCAAUAGUACUUACAGAAGAAGAAAAACGCACUCUGCUGUCCGAGGGAUAUACUGUACCUCAACACCUUCCUUUGACCAAAGCAGAAGAAAAGUCUCUGAAGAAAAUUCGUAGAAAAAUUAAAAAUAAAAUUUCAGCUCAAGAAAGUAGAAGAAAGAAAAAAGAAUAUGUGGAUAAUUUAGAAAAAAGUGUGGAGAACUUAACACAUGAAAAUGAUGACUAUAAGAAAAGACUAGAAUCUUUAAAGAUCAGCAAUAAAUCUCUCCUCUCACAACUCCAAAAACUGCAGUCUUUGUUUAGGAAUGAUAUCUUUAAAAAUUAUACGGCUGUCGCCACACAAACAUUUCAAGUUGUACAGCCCUUAAACAACUCUCCAGUGGAAAAUUAUAUUGAUCCAUUAGAAAAUAAUACAGUCAAAACAAGAUAGUCUUCUCUGAUGUGUAACUUCAGAUAUCUGUAAGACAAUGUUUUUAGCUUCACGAUUGAUAUAAAAUUGGAAAUUCAGCUUCAUCCUUUCAUACAUUUUGAAAGUUUGUCUUCUAUAACUUUCUAGAAAAGGUUCAUUCACUGCUAGCCAUCAUCAUCUACAUUUGGAUAUUUAUCUCUAACUUCAUUAAAACUAUUCAUCCUCUGCUUAAGAAACACACGAUCGUUCAUACAGCUAUCACCACAAUAUAUUAUUCAUGCAGUUAUUGCAAUAACACAGUAUUCACACAAAUCGUUUUCACCAGGUAAAUGUUAGUCUCACAGUUAUCUCAACUUGAUUUCACUGUCAGGUAAAAACACACAUUAUCCAGGUGUUUGUUACUACUCACCAAAACACAUUUUAUUAUUAUUAUUUAGUUUCACCAAAAUUCACUACCACAUGUUAAAAAUUAAUGGUACUAUAGAAUAUAAUAACAUACAGAUAACAUAAUAUACAAACAGGGAUAAUUUGGUCCUUCAAAGUGGUUCCUACACACUGACCCUCAAGAAAAAGGGAAAGACAAUAACUUAAACCUACCAUUUAUUUUUCUGGAAAUUAUAGAAUUCCAGUUUUAAACUCUUGUGAAGUGUUGGUCUUCACUACUGCCAAUGACAACUCAUUCAAUAAGCCAAUUGCCUUAACAGCUAAAAAUAAUACUGUCAUUUGUUAAACUAGACACAUAUAUAUU